CUCACCAGGUUACUCCGAACGCUGCAGGGGCAACUCCUCCUCGAUGCGCGCUUUUGGGAUCCAUGGAUGGGAUCGCUGCUCUCCCACCGGCUAUAAAGGCGGCCUGAUUCCCUCCUCUCAUUGCUGCUAUUCAUCAUCAAUCACUCUCCAUCUUCAUCCACUGCAAUCUUUUCCAUCUCUUCCAUUUCUCAAUCCAACCAACCAACCACCCCAACUUAGCCACCAUGCACUUCUCUCGCUUCUUCGUUGCCUCCGCGGCUGCUGCCACCGCUGCUGCCAUGCCCGCCGCCGAGUCCAAGCAGGCCAACACCUUCGGUGUCAUCGCCAUCCACUCUGGCACCGGCGUCCAGAACGCCGGCUUCAACGCCGCCAAGGGCAGCCUGUUCGCCGGUCUCCCCAACCAGGGCGCCAGCUGCGCUCGCCCCGAUGAGCAGUCCGCCACCUUCUACAUCCAGGACGGUGCUCUCUACCUCUACGACGCCUCCGCUACUCCUCAGGAGAUCUACGUCGACCGCUCCGGCAUGGGCCAGGGCAAGAUCGGCUACACCACCGGUGCUCAGCCCACUCCCAAGAACGGUGAGCGCAAGGGCUGGGCCAUCAAGGACAACCACCUCACCUUCGACGGCAGCAGCCCCAUUGCCUGCCCCAACAGCAUCGACGGUGCCUGGAGCAUCUGGGCCUCCGCCGGUGUCAACAACCCCGCUGGCAACGAGAACUGUGUCGGCAUCGCCGCUCGCGUCAUCCCCACCUCCAACCCCAACGGCUGCCACUACACCGAGCAGUAAAUACCUCGCUCCGCGCCAUCCCCGCCGGUGGUCUUGAUCAGUGAUCGCUUGGAUCCUCGCGGGGUUGUUUCAACGGCAUGGAUUGCCGGUCAUUCCUUUGAGGUGAUUCCCGACCUCGGGAUGUGAAUAGGGCUUUGUUGCUGGGAUCCCAACGCUUUCCCCCACGGGAAGAACGCAGGGUGUCCACAGUCAUACUAUUAUAAAUGUAAAUAAAUAAACCACUUAAUUCAGCGACUGAACAAAUUUAUUUUAUUUAUUUG